CAGAGAGACGGUGAGCUCAGCUGCAGAGCGACUGAACUGCAAAACUCAGAAAUCCAUUUGAAAACAAGCAAGCAUUUUCUUCUUUCGUUGCUUUUUUUUUUCUCCCAGCAGUUAUUUUUCUUGCAUUUCUCUUCAAUAUCCAUCAUUUUCUUCCAAUUUUGGAAGUCCGGUUUCAGAAAAUCUGCCUGCAAGUCAGCUGGAAAGUCUUGUAUUUUAAGCACGGGAUUCCUAGAAAAGCAUCCUCUUGUUUCCUCCUGUUCCCUUUCUCUCCAUCUCGAGCCACUGGAGUCAGAUUCCAAGUUUUCCAGGUUCCCGAGUUUUGGGAAAACUUUUGCGCUGCAGCCAGGAGAGGCUAAAACAACAAGGGCACAGUGGAGAAAGCAGCACUUAAAGGACCCUGGCUCCUGUAAAGAUGGCUGACAUAUUGCAGCCAGACACCAACAGCCUGCAGAUACCGAAUGAAAAUGUAUCUACCCCAUCUUCGCCUGCCACAGCCAGAAAUGACUGCAGCAUCACUCCGCUCACACCCUCACCCUCACCGAUGGUGGAGGUCAGGUCACAGAUGGCCUGUCCGUUCUCUGUUGUCGUAGCCAUAGACUUCGGGACAACCUCCAGUGGCUACGCUUUCAGCUUCACACAGGACUCAGAAGCCAUACACAUGAUGAAGCGUUGGGAGGGUGGCGACCCUGGUGUGGCCAAUCAGAAGAGCCCAACAUGUCUGCUGCUGACUCCUGAUUUGCGGUUCCACAGUUUUGGGUUUGCAGCUCGAGACUUCUACCACGACUUGGAUCCAGAGGAGGCCCGGCACUGGCUUUACUUUGACAAAUUCAAAAUGAAGAUCCACAGCACAAGUGACCUCACUAUGGAGACAGAACUGGAGGCAGUGAAUGGUCAGAGGGUCAGGGCCAUAGAAGUGUUCGCACAUGCCCUUCGCUUCUUCAGGGAACAUGCUCUGAAGGAGGUGAAGGACCAGUCUUCAUCAGUGCUGGAGGGAGAUGAGAUCAGAUGGGUGAUUACAGUCCCUGCUGUGUGGAGACAACCUGCCAAACAGUUCAUGAGAGAAGCAGCAUACCUGGCUGGUCUGGUGUCUCCUGACUCUCCCGAGCAGCUCCUCAUUGCUCUGGAACCUGAGGCUGCCUCCAUUUAUUGUCGGAAGCUCCGCCUCCACCAGGUGAUUGACCUGAGCAUGCAGCCAAUCACAAAUGGCCUGGAAUUGGAUGGGUCCCGCCCCUUUGACUCCAGUUUCAGACAAGCAAGGGAGCAGCUGAGGCGAUCCAGACACAGCAGGACCUUCCUGGUGGAGAGUGGAACUGGAGAGCUGUGGUCCGAGCUGCAGACUGGUGAUAGAUAUGUGGUUGCAGACUGCGGAGGAGGAACAGUUGACCUGACAGUCCAUCAGAUCGAGCAGCCACAGGGAACACUUAAAGAGCUCUACAAGGCUUCAGGCGGUCCCUACGGUGCUGUCGGGGUAGACCUGGCCUUCGAAGCCAUGCUUUGCCAGAUCUUUGGCGAGGACUUCAUCCAGAGCUUUAAAGCCAAGCGGCCAGCGGCCUGGGUGGACCUCAUGAUCGCAUUUGAGGCGAGGAAACGAACGGCGUCUCCAGGCAGGACCAACGCCCUCAAUAUCUCCCUGCCUUUCUCUUUCAUCGACUACUACAAAAGACACCGAGGGCAGAGUGUGGAGGCUGCCCUCAGGAGGAGCAAUAUGAACAUAGUGAAGUGGUCAUCCCAGGGGAUGCUGCGGCUGACACAAGAAGCCAUGAAUGAGCUCUUCCAGCCCACCAUCACCAAGAUUGUGAAGCAUAUUGAGGAGCUGAUGGCGAAACCAGAAGUGCGAGGCGUGCGUUUCCUUUUCCUAGUCGGUGGUUUUGCAGAGUCCCCUAUGCUGCAGAAAGCUGUCCAGAAGGCACUGGGGAGGACAUGCCGCAUCAUCAUCCCCCAUGACGUUGGUCUCACGAUACUGAAGGGUGCUGUGCUCUUUGGCUUGGAUCCCACUGUGGUCAGAGUACGUCGAUGUCCUUUGACCUAUGGUGUUGGCGUCCUAAACCGGUUUGUGGAGGGACGCCACCCUCGGGAGAAACUCCUCAUCAAAGAUGGUCGCGAGUGGUGCACGGACAUCCUCGACCGCUUCGUCUCUGUCGAUCAGUCGGUGGCCCUGGGUGAGGUUGUGAGACGAAGCUACACACCUGCUCGUCUGGGCCAACGGAAGAUCAUCAUCAACAUCUACUGCAGCGUGACCGAUGAUGUCACAUAUAUCUCCGACCCUGGCGUCAGGAAGUGCGGGACAAUAACUUUAGACUUGCCGGAAUCAUUACCGCCACUGGGAGCGGUGGGAGGAGCGGGAACCCCAGAGAGAAGGGAGAUCAGAGCGACCAUGCAGUUUGGAGACACGGAGAUUAAAGUCACGGCCGUUGAUGUCAUGUCUAACCGCUCCGUCCGGGCUUCCAUAGACUUCCUGUCUAACUAAGGAGGAGCAGGAAGUGGAGCCAUGAAUUCAAAAACACACAUAGCUGAUUGGAGGGAUGAUAAUUCUAGAAAAAGCGGUACUUUGGGAGUGGGCGACAUGUUUUGGGGGGUUUAUUUUGGAAAACACUGCAGUGUUUGGAGCAACUCACAUCUCCUGCUUCAGACAUUUGGAGCAAGAAGAUCAGGAGAGAAUCCAUCCUUCACAAACACCAAUCUUCUGGAAUCUCCUUGAAGUCGAAGCGAGAGAGUUCGUCAUGCCUUCCCUUAUAAUCCUGUCACCAGCAUUUCCUGCCCACAAAACAGUGAAACCCAAUGCAAGCUGGAGAGUGAGUGCACAUCCCUGCUGCAGCAAGCUAACUAAAUAAAGUCAUCCUCGCAGAGGAGUAUGAAAUUGUUAUGCAGACUUUAUUAGCUCAGCGAAUCUAACUAACACAGUAUGCUACCAAAUGAGUGAGGUUCACUCAUGUUCACUGUUAAAUAUACAGACCUUCAUGGGCCCCAUGUAAUUAAUGAUGCCUUAAUUAAACCCUAUAUGACCAACCACACUGCAGAAAAUAAUGUUACCAACUGGACUGCAGCUUUGGUUCUUUAAUGUGAAAGCACUCCAUCUAGCGGUGCAACGACUGAACUACAUGCUGAAAAUGUCGGGCUAAAUCAAACCACAUACUAUAAGAACUGUGGCAUUAUAACAUUUAAAUGUGUCAUUUAAAAUGUUUCAAACCACUCUGAAAAAAUAUUAGAGCUGUAUUAUUUCAAGCAGAAGCUGUAAACAUGACAGAAUAUCAUGGCCUCUUAAACUUGUAAGCAGCUUUCACAUUUAUUUUGAGUGGCGCUUCAAUUGGCAACCUUAUGAAUUUAAAUCAGUAUCAAUAUUUUUUUUUUCAUAUUUGUCUCAUCAGCUGCUAAAUGCCCCACUAUGUGCAGCAGCUAGUUACUAACAUUUCUUGUUUUAACAUAUGGACUGCUGACAGUGUCUUUUUUCAAAUGCAGCUCACAGCAGGAAAUAGUCCACUACAGAUGCAGUUACUACUGGAAACGCUCCAUUUGGUUUAGGUGAGGUUGAAGCAAGACAUGAGACACUCACUCACUAGCUGUGAAUUCACAGGACAGUUACCUGUACUAUUCUCAUAUGGGCUUUACUGGACAUCACACAGACUUUGUACUAAAGAGCUGGCAGGGUAAAGGACAUUUGACUUUCCAUCUCCACUGCAUUAGAGAUUUGCAUUCACACAGGCAGCUCAGCUGGUU